AUGGAGCUGGCCAGAUUCAUUGGGGCAGCCCUGGAAGACAUCUUGUAUAUGCUGACUUUCUCAAUCAUUAAUGGCUUCAUCAUCCUCGGAGUCUUCUAUUUCGCCAUCCACAUCCUGCCUCACAUCAUACGCUUCGUCACCCCGAUCGUCUCUCCUCCUCUGUCCCGCGUCUCUCAUGCAGUCUCCAGACUCCAGCGCCCCCGGUCCUUCACCUUAGCCAUGCAACCACUCGGUCCUGUCCCUUCGGAGACCUACCACACAGCUUUCCUGCUCGCCCAGGUCAUGCCUGUCGACUUGAUUCCGGGUGUGCUUGACAUGGCAGGCUUCUGGCUUGAUGUACCCUUGGCCUCCAGGACUUGUCCCAUAACGGUGAUCGAAACCACGGCAGGAUUAGAAUACCUGGCGGUGGACCUCCCAGAGACAUUUCCAGCAAAGGGUCUGCGCUCACUCACCUUCACCGUCACCUCCAAAGACCAGGGAUGGGGCUGGGACAACCACUUCUUCAACACGUACAUGAACAGUCACACUUGGUUUGAGGUGGUGGUCUACCCCUCAAACUCGGGGCCGUCCACUGCUUCGAGCCGACCGAGACUCCCAGUGGCAAGAAAGAUCAUUACCAAUGUCCACGCAGGCAGAGAGUACAAGACUCACACUGUACGCUGGAGCCACGACGAUAAAGACGAGGAGAUUGGCAAGCUUGUGCGGAGCAUUCGUGGUGGAACACGGAUUGCCCUCACUGUAUGGGCCCAUUAUCCCGCUUGGGUCAACGACGUGAGGAGCGCCAGGAUCGACUGCCAAGUAAAUGCAGUGCGAAAGAUGUGA